AUGACUCCAUGUUGUGCCAGAACGUGUAGUGGAAGUUUAAGUAGCCAAAUUAAUACCACUACUUGCAGCAGUGUUUGUCAAGAUAGAGGUUGGUAUUUGUGUCGUGCUGGUUCAACUUAUUGUAAUGGUUACACUUUUACCUAUGGUGGCGUCUGCAAUAGUGCUAAUGGUGAUCCUCCUUGUCCUGAUGGUUAUUGUUGUAUUUUUGAUACUUAUAACGCUGCUGCUCCUUAUCUUUGUCUAAGCUGUAAUAAUCCAUCAUUGCCAAAUGUUUGUACUACUGCUACUGGAUCUGGAUAA